AUGGACCCAUACAAGUUUAACAGCUGGAUCCGAAUUUUAAUAUGCCUUUGUUCUAUCGGCGCGUACCUUUUGAUUGCCCUGAUGUUGCCCUUGUUCGUGGCCGUGCGCAACUUCGAAACAAGGUUCGGGAUUUUCUUCGUCUCUCCCUAUAAUGACAACAAGUACAUUUCGUGGUAUAAGUUUGAAAGUGAUAUUUGCAGCAACAGGAUUCACGAGGAAACAUCCAAGACGAAGAAUUACGACAAGGAUAUAAGGGCCACCCUGUGUGGCUCCAUAAACUUCCUUAAACAUUAUUUUUUAAUAGUGUUCAUAAUCACAGCAAUAAACCUAUUGAUAAUAAAAGGCAUGCUGAUAUACACGCACUUCCGAGAGCACCCUGAAACUUUGGCCCUCAAGCACGUGCACUUUUGCAACAAGCUAAUCAUUUUAAUAGAGUGUCUAUCGAUUGUCAAUGUUAUGCUGUUUGGCAUUCCGUUCUUUUUCUUCAACACGCAUAUGGAGUUUGGUCAAAGGCACUACCUGCACGCCGGGUUCUACAUUCUCAUGGCGGACUUCCUGUCUCACUUUUUGAUCAUCAUUUUUGUGAAGAGAGAUAAAGCAAUCUUAAAAUGCGUCUGCGAGCUGGAGCUUUUGCCCUGGGAAAAGAAGCAAAAGCUGCACGUCCACAACGCAGACUACAAGGACACGCUGAUUAGCCCCGCCGAGCUGACAAAUUACCUUCAUGCCAUGUUUCAGCAAGAGCAUAUAACAGAGGACCAACUGAAGAAUUUCUUCGGAACGGACAACUACGAACAGAUUUACUACAUCAUAAUGAACAAUGUCAAGGCUCAGAAGCAGAUGGCGAAUGCGUACCCAUAG